AGUCUAGACUCCCUCUCUCACCAUCCCUAAACUCUGUUUCUCAAUCUCGCAAGACUCUUCAAAAUCCUUAGAUGUUCCUAAUGUCAGAAUCUCUAAAUUAGGCCUAUUGAUAAUGCCACAUUAUAUUCUUGCCUAUGCAGCAAUACAUUUGUCUUCUUCGCCAUGAAUUACAUGCUGCAAACGUUUUCAAUCCCUUGAAUUUUGAAAGUACAAUAAUAAGCUAGUAACCACUGCCAUGGUGGCUGCCAAUUGAUGAAGUAGGGUUUUUACAUCCAUCCCAGUUUGCAGCGCUAAAUGAAGAGACAUAUGGAUCUGCUAAUAAUGCGCAGAAUUCAGAGAAUGAGAUGUCCAGCGGCAACUCCAUUUUCUGGAAUAGAGAUCACAAGUUGGCCAUUUCAACUGAAGUGCUCUUUCCCUUGUAUGCUGCUGCUAAACAUGCUUUUGAGGCUGCAGAUACGCAAUAUAAGAUGCUAACUAACUUACCCACAAAUAGGGGUAAAUCAAUGGAUGAAACUGCAGCAGAUAGCUCUCAGUUUUCAGCAGACUUCCUUGAAAAUGAAGUAAUGAUGCAUAGCAAGGCUCUUUUGCUGCUAAGCUGUGACUCUGCCACUGCUUGGAAUUCAAGGAAGCUUGUCAUUUCCAAGAAGCAACAAUCAUCACCGUCGAUGGACGAACUUCUGUUUUCAUCCCUGAUUCUCUCUUAUGCUCCAAAAAGUGAAAAUGCUUGGAGCCAUAGGCGCUGGGUAGUGAAGACCAUUGCAGGGACACAUCCAAACAUGGAGAAGAUAGUUUAUAAGGAAUCUGAGCUUGUGGAGAAACUAGCAGAGAAAUCAAAAAUGAAUUAUCGUGCGUGGUAUCACCGUUGCUGGCUCGUUUCUUACUUGACAAGGAGUCAGGUGCUAGAAGAAUUGAUGAAAUCAAAAAAAUGGGCCGAGUUGCACGUUGCUGACAAUUGCUGUUUCCACUAUCGCGUACAACUAUUGCUUAAGUUGUUAGAGACGAGCAUCUCAAAGCAUGGUCAAGAUGUAUCCAUGAAUUCCUACCCGGAACUUUGUCGAGUAUGGAAGGAGGAGUUAGACUGGGAUAAAAUGCUCAUAAAGCGAUAUGUAGGUAGAGAGGCUCUAUGGGGUUAUCGCAGGUUCCUCUCUCAGUGUUGGGUACAGCAUUUUGGUAUUGCUGCUCGAGAUGGUGCCGACCUUCACGGAGAUGAUUUCAACAUAAAAGAUGUGAUACAUAAUUUUAUGGCUGAUGAGAUCCAACUACUCCAGUCAUGCUUGACAAUCAGGGAUGACGACUUUGAAGACUGACACACACAGGCAGUUCUUGCUGCAGCUUACGUUCUCUGGUUAUCAAAGCAAAUUCCCCAUUCUGGAGGGGUGGAGUCACUGCAGAAGAUAAAAGAGGAAGUUGGAGAUCUUAAAGCAUUGCUCAUUAAAUUAUGCCCUGAAAAGGCUCCACUUUGGAACGGCCUAAUUUACUGAAGACAACGAUAGAGAAUUUGAUGUACUAAUGUUUGAAUUUGUUGAAUGAAAUAGUCAAUUUACUGCAGAUUUGUUAUGACGGAUUUGGUGUCAUCCACAUCCGGUUCAUCUAAAUAAAUGACGGAUGUUAUAUUUUCUAA